ACUUCCGGCUGAGGCGAGCGCAACCUCUGGAAGUGUUGGGCCACCGCAUGAGGAGCUCUCGCGUCUCUAAGGCAGUCAGUUAUUCACUCCUGCCCGGUGUAUCACCUGUAUCCGUACGGGAUACCCUGGAGCUGGCGCUGGGAAGAGAGCGGGAACCGCCUGGGCCUGGUGCACCUUUCGCGUCUUGCGUUCCCUGACUGGCUCUCAUCCAGCUGCGCCGAAAGGGGCAAGGGAUCAGAGUUGGGGAGAAGAUCCAGGUGAAGUUUCUCUGCAGAUCCAGCGCCGUUAAACCUUUCGAGCGCACAGUUUUUUUAAAAAUGAAGAAAUUAAGGCUUAAGGAACUAGAAAGUCGCCUGCAACAAGUGGAUGGAUUCGAAAAGCCCAAGCUACUUCUAGAACAGUAUCCAACCAGGCCGCACAUUGCAGCGUGUAUGCUCUAUACAAUCCACAAUACAUAUGAUGACAUUGAAAACAAAAUGGUUGCAGAUCUAGGAUGUGGCUGUGGAGUGCUUAGCAUCGGAACUGCAAUGCUAGGAGCAGGGUUGUGUGUUGGAUUUGACAUAGAUGAAGAUGCGUUGGAAAUAUUUAAUAGGAAUGUAGAAGAGUUUGAGUUAACAAAUGUUGACAUGGUUCAGUGUGACGUGUGCUCAUUAUCUAACAAAAUGUCCAAGUCAUUUGAUACAGUAAUUAUGAAUCCUCCCUUUGGGACCAAAAAUAAUAAAGGGACAGAUAUAGCAUUUCUGAAGACUGCCUUGGAAAUGGCAAGAACAGCAGUAUAUUCUUUACACAAAUCCUCAACAAGAGAACAUAUUCAAAAGAAAGCUGCAGAGUGGAAAAUCAAGAUAGAUAUUAUUGCAGAGCUGCGAUAUGACCUGCCAGCAUCAUACACGUUUCAUAAAAAAAAAUCAGUGGACAUUGAAGUGGACCUAAUUCGGUUUUCUUUCUUAAAGCCUUCAGACAAAAGCAGCUUAAAAUCUAAUUAAAAUGAAUAAAAAAAAUUUUUGUUUACUAAA